AUGGUUGAGUUAUGGAGUUGCAUAGUAUGUGGUGCAGAUCAGAUCGACAAACAAACGAGCAUUGUGAAUGUGGGAGUGAUUCUUGAUUCGAGCAGUUGGGUUGGGAAGAUGGGUUUAAGUUGCAUCAAUCUCUCCCUAUCCGAUUUCUAUUCUUCUCAUCCUCAUUACAACACCAAAAUCCUCCUUCAUAUCAUUGACUCUAAGGAUGAUCUUUUGCUCGCAGCUUCUCAAGCAUUGGAGCUAAUAGAGAAGAGUGAAGUGAAAGCCAUCUUAGGGCCAGAAAGUUCGUUCCAGGCUCCUUACAUUAUCCAACUAAGUGAAAAAUUUAAGGUGCCAUUAAUCUCGUUUGCACCACCACCACCACCACCCUCCACUUUCUCUUACCUAACUUCUCCAUAUUUGUUACGAGCCUACAACCAUUUCUCACAAAUUUAUGCCAUUCGCGACAUCAUUAAAACUUUUGAAUGGAAGCAAAUUGUUACCAUUUACCAAGAUGAUGAAUUUGGAAAGUCGGUUGUUCUAGAUCUGAUCCACGCUUUACAGGAAGAGGAAGUAAACACUCAUGUUUACCGAAUCAACCCAGGAGCUUCGGUCGACGAAAUUAGAGAAGAGCUUGAAAUGUUGAAAAAUAAGGAGCAGGCAACAAUUUUCAUUGUACACAUGGUUCACAGCUUGGCCUCUCAUGUAUUCACCACAGCCAAUGAAAUUGGAAUAACCAGGAAAGGCUAUGCUUGGAUUCUCGCUGACGCCAUUACAAGUUCCUUAAAUUCUAUAAAUUAUUCAACUCUCAGAUCAAUGCAGGGAUUUUUAGGAGUAAAACCCUUUGUCCCCAAGACAAUCGAACUCGACAACUUCACCAUUAGAUGGAGAAAGAAAUUUCUACAAGAAAAUCCAAACCUAAUCCAAUAUUACCCAAACCCAGAUGUUUUCGGCCUGUGGGCUUACGAUUCCACUUGGGCUCUAGCCAUAGCGGCCGAAAGGAACGUCGUUUCUGGGAUACCUCAAAAUGGUACGACAUUCAUGGAGUCCCUGUCGAUGGUAAGAUUCAAAGGUCUGAGUGGGGAGUUUAGUUUUGGUCAAUCUAAAGCCCAACCACCAUAUUAUCAGUCGUCACAGAAUUUGCAAAUAGUAAAUGUAAUUGGAGAUGGAGAUAUUAGUACGGUUGGAUAUUGGACUCCUAAAAUGAACCUCACCGGAGAAUAUAAUCGGAAUGUUACAUUAAGACCCAUUAUUUGGCCUGGAUACUCCAUUCAACAGCCUACUGGAUGGAUUCCAUUUAAUCCAAUGAACAGACUGAAAAUAGGAGUUCCAAUGUUGAAAAGGGAUAAGAAGUAUAUGGCUUAUUCCUUCAUGAGUAACCACAGCAUCGUCGAUUACUGUUUAAAAAUCUUCGAGGUGGCUGCUAAAAAGCUUCCAUAUGCUAUUACAUAUGAUUUUUUUUACUUCGACGGCCCAUACGACGACUUGAUACUAUCAGUGUACAGACGGAAAUAUGAUGCAGCUGUUGGAGACAUAACAAUAUUAGCAAACAGAUCUAUGUUUGUAGACUUUUCUCUACCAUUUACCGAAGCUGGAGUUGCCGUGAUCGUUCCUGUAAUUAGAGACGACUUGGUGGAUCCUGGGUGGUUGUUCUUAAAGCCUUUAAGUUUGAAACUUUGGAUCACAAGCUUCAGUUUCUUUGUUUUCUUGGGCUUCGUGGUUUGGAUUUUAGAACAUGAAAACAAUGAAGACUUUUGUUGUGGCCCUAUAUGGCAUCAAAUCGCCACCGGUCUCUGGGGAGAAAUUAACGAGCAAUUUAUCAAGGAUGGUGGUGGUGAUAUGGUUCUUCGUGGUGUUCGUCCUAGCACAGAGCUACACAGCAAGCUUAACGUCAUGGUUUUAGGCAUACAACACUUGGUACCCUACGACACAUUAGAGCAACUCAAUGACCUCUUAACUAAAGGAAGCCGAAAAGGCGGUGUUGAUGCUGCCAUUGAUGAGAUCCCUUACAUGAAGCUUUUUCUUGGAAUAUAUGGUGGUAACUAUACCAUGACCGUUUCUCAAUACAGUACUGGUGGUUCUGGAUUUGCUUUCCCACUAGGUUCAACUUUGGUAGAUGAUAUAUCGAAGGCAUUGUUGAAUAUGACUCAGGUUGACAAAGAAAUAAAAGCAAUAGACAAGACAUGGUUUGGAAAUGACGAAAUUAAAAAAUUUAGUAGUAGUGAUGACUCAUAUACUUCUUCAAGCAUUGACCUUAGUUACUUUAAGAGCUUAUUCAUCAUCACUGCUUCUGCAACUAUUUUGGCCCUUACUCUUUAUUUAUUUCGUUACUCCUUUGACCUGACCACCAUAUGGACAAGGAUUAUCGCCACAGUCACUUACCAAAUUAACAUAGAACCACCGGUAGCAGCGAUAGAAGAGGAGGAGGCCUCUCCGAAUACCGAAUAA